AGCGGAGUAAGGUUGACCAACUGGGUUUCGGGUCCGGGGUCAGCGCCCAAUUGCCGGCCCUCCCCACUCACGUGACUGGGGAUCGUCGACUUGGAUAUGGAAAUGUCGUCAACGAUGCUUGGCAGUGGGGCCACUUUUGAUGGCUUGGCCCAACGAUUAUCUACAACGAAUCUAGUGCGGAGAGAGAGGACAAAGGAACGUCGAUUCCUGGUGUUUACCAUUGGAUCAUAUCAUUCGAGCUCGAGCAGAGGGGAAAUCCUUCUUCCUCCGUGCUUACAGACUGAGCGAGAAGAUCAACCCCAUGGCACUCCGAUAGAGGCUCGAGCUGUUAGCUGGUCUUGCAGCAUGGUCUCUCACUUGCUGGAUGUCCAGCUUUCAUUUACACUAUACACAACGCACAGUUCGUCUGUAGGCAAUACCAUUGGCGAUGUGUUGCAGUGGGGAGGUCCAACUUCGAGGACGACACGAAAGGAAGCGAUGUGGGGCUUCAAACCGUCUAGAUGGAAGCAUCAGCGAAUCUCGAUGCUGGAGCUAGCAAAAAAGAGAUAGCCUUGUUGGAUCAGUGCUUCGUUGUCCCUCCAUCGAUCCAUGCGGCUCAUGCGUCCCAUGUUCCUUCUAGCAGCCCCCGCUCAGCCUUGCA